GCCUAGCAGACUAACAACUAACCAACCAACCAACCAAAAAAAGGAUAAUCCCAAUCCACAAUUUAGGAGGGAAAAUAACAGGGCAACUCACACACAUCAAUAGCCAUGGCCUCCUCUGCUCUUCCUCUUCCUCUCUCCACACCCUCCCCCACCACUCAAACCACCACAGCCACCGCCCCGGACCACCUCUCCUCCCCAAUCCUCCCCCUCGCAAAGCUCAAAACCCCCACCAUCCGCUCCCGCCUCAGCAAACUCUGCCAGGAAGGCCAACCCCACCUUGCUCGCCAACUGUUCGACACUUUGCCUCGCCCCUCCUGCGUGCUCUGGAACACCAUCAUCAUUGGAUUCAUCUGCAACAACAUGCCCAAUGAAGCCCUCUUGUUCUACUCCCAGAUGAAAUCCGCCUCUCCCGGCACCAAGGCCGACCCUUACACUUACUCUUCUACCCUCAAAGCCUGUGCCGACACGCGCAAUUUCAAGAUGGGUAAAGCCCUGCAUUGCCAUGUUCUUCGGUGUCUUCCGAACCCCAGUAGGAUUGUGUGCAAUUCGCUUUUGAAUAUGUACUCUGCUUGUUAUAAUGACUUUGAUUAUUCACAGUAUGAUUUAGUGCGUAGGGUGUUUGAUACGAUGCGCAAGAGAAAUGUGGUUGCUUGGAAUACGCUGGUUUCAUGGUAUGUUAAGACGGAAAGAUAUGCAGAAGCAGUGAAGCAGUUUAGGAUGAUGAUGGGAAUGAGAAUAACACCGAGUGCUGUCAGUUUUGUCAAUGUUUUCCCUGCGCUUUCCGCUAUGGGAGACUAUAAGAACGCGAAUGUUCUACACAGUAUGCUUCUUAGGUUGGGUGGGGAAUAUGUGACUGACUUGUUUGUUGUGAGCUCGGCAAUAUUUAUGUAUGCCGAGCUUGGUUGCCUUGAAUAUGCUAGGAAGAUUUUUGACCAUUGUUCGGAGAGAAAUACAGAGAUUUGGAACACUAUGAUCGGUGCAUAUGUUCAAAAUAACCAUCCUAUUGAAGCGAUCGACCUCUUCUUUCAAGCUGUAAACUCAGAACUGGCUAUUCUUGAUGAGGUGACUUUCCUAUCAGUUUUAACUGCAUGUUCACAGAUGCAACAGUUGGAAUUAGCUGGACAGCUGCAUGCUUUUAUCAUCAAGCAUUUGAGAUUGAUGCCCGUUAUUUUACUCAAUGCGACUAUCGUAAUGUAUUCAAGGUGCAAUUCUGUUGACAUGUCAUUCAAAAUUUUUCAUAAGAUGCCCGAGAGGGAUGUUGUUUCAUGGAAUACUAUGAUUUCUGCAUUUGUGCAAAAUGGUUUAGAUGAUGAAGCUUUGAUGCUUGUUUAUGAGAUGCAAAAGCAAAGGUUCAUGAUUGAUUCAGUAACUGUAACUGCUCUACUUUCGGCUUCAUCAAAUCUUAGAAAUCCAGAUAUUGGAAAGCAGACUCAUGCUUAUCUUAUUAGGCAUGACAUACAAUUUGAGGGGAUGGACAGUUAUCUCAUCGACAUGUAUGCUAAAUCUGGUUCAGUAAGGAUCGCAGAACGGGUUUUCAAAAAGGACUACAGCCGUGAUAGAGAUCAGGCUACAUGGAAUUCUAUGAUUGCUGGGUACACACAGAAUGGGCUAUCUGAAGAAGCUUUCUUUGUCUUUAGGCAGAUGCUUGAGCAAAAUCUAAUACCAAAUGCUGUGACCUUAGCAUCGGUUCUCCCAGCUUGUAAUCCAGUGGGAAACAUAGAUAUGGGUAAGCAACUCCAUGGGUUCUCUAUCCGCCACUACCUUGACCAAAACGUCUUCGUGGGAUCUGCUCUAAUUGACAUGUAUUCCAAAUGUGGUGCAGUCACUAAUGCUGACAAUGUUUUCGCCGGAUCCCAUGAGAAGAACUCUGUCACAUAUACCACAAUGAUACUGGGUUACGGUCAGCAUGGAAUGGGUGAGAGAGCUCUCUCUUUGUUUCACUCAAUGCAGAAAUCUGGCAUUGCACCUGAUGCCAUAACCUUUGUUGCAGUCUUGUCUGCCUGCAGUUAUGCUGGUUUGGUUAACGAAGGUCUUUCGAUAUAUGAUUCAAUGAAAAGGGAAUACAAUAUUAAACCACUAUCGGCACACUAUUGCUGUAUAGCAGACAUGUUAGGGAGGGUUGGGAGAGUGGUUGAAGCCUACGAGUUUGUCAAAGGGUUGGGCAAAGAGGGUGAUGUGAUGGAAAUUUGGGGCUCACUUCUUGGGGCGUGCAGAAUUCAUAAACAUUUUGAAUUGGGAAAGAUUGUUGCUGGGAAAUUGCUUGAACUAGAGGCAGCAAAUGGCAAAACGGGCUACCAUGUUUUGCUCUCAAAUAUGUAUGCCGAGGAAGGCAAGUGGGAAAACGUGGAUAAUGUGAGGAAACAAAUGAGGGAAAAAGGUUUGAGGAAGGAGACUGGAUGUAGUUGGAUUGAUACUAGCGGUUUUUUGAACUGUUUCGCAUCCAGGGACCAAAACCAUCCUCAGGGUGAUGAGAUAUAUGAUAUAUUGGAGGAGUUGACUGUGAAGAUGAAAGAUACUGGUUAUAGGCCUUCUCUCAAUUCUUCCUUAGAUGCAAUCUUGGAACCUUAUGACUGAUGAAGAAUUCUUGAAAAAGAUCUUUUCCCAGCUUGUGCUGUCAUUCAAUGUGGUAAACUAUUUCGACAAGUCUUCAUGCAAAUUAUCCACCAUUUGAUGCUUGCAUUGCGGCAUCCGCAACUCCUUAGCAGGAUCAUAACAAGAACUAUCUAUCCAUGGAAAACUGCCCUUCAUGUCAGCAGUUGUCUAAGUUGUAUUCUAUUUAGAUGGCGCUUAAGUCUGUCCACAUGGUCUUUGGUAUGAACUUUGGACACUAGCGGUUGAGCCAUAGCAAGUUAAUAAGCUGCCAUCUCAAAGACGCCUCCUACAUAUAUUCAGGUUAAAUUGGUUAAAAUCCUAUGAAAGAAAAUCUGUAAUUUGGUCAUGUUACUGGGCACAUGAGGAAACCACAUCUGGCCGCGGAAAUCUCCAUCAAAAACUAAAACAGACAACUCCGUUGUGCCCUGCCCAUUGAAGGGAAGUUCUAGUGCUUUAGCUGCAGACGGACAUUUUCCUCAGUGCAGAAAUGGGAGGAAGUCCUUUCACUAGGAUUUAUCAUCUCAAAGGUCACCAGCAGCUGUCUUUUUGUGCCGGUAUUACAGCCGAAACAAUGGUCGGAGGGCCCCACAUUUGUUCUUUAGCUUGGUGUCCCACCUUUGUGAAAGACUAGUUACUAAAAAGAUAACAUGAAAG